AUGGACUCGCGCCGCUGCCCCCACCUGCUCCUCCCCCUCCUCUUCCUGGCCGCUCUCCUCGCCCCACCGCCGUCGGAGGCAACAGCGGCACCGGCAGGGGUCAUCCGGCUGCGGACGAGCGGGAAAGCGGGGGCUGCAGCCUGCGCCGCGCCGCCGCCGGACCCCGCCGUGUACGACCGCCCUGUCAUCGGCAUCGUCUCGCACCCGGGGGACGGCGCCGGCGGCAGGAUUAGCAACACCACCGUGACCUCCUACAUCGCCGCCUCCUACGUCAAGUUCAUCGAGGCCGGCGGCGCGCGCGUCAUCCCGAUCAUCUACAAUGAGCCUGAGGAGCACCUGCUCGAGAGGUUGAGUUUGGUGAAUGGCGUGCUGUUCACUGGUGGAUCAGCGAAGCGAGGCCUAUAUUUUGAGACAAUAAAAAAAGUCUUUCAGUAUGUUUUGGACAAGAAUGACGCGGGUGAACAAUUUCCUUUAUUUGCCCAAUGUCUUGGCUUUGAGCUUGUAGGCAUGAUUGUCAGUUUGACACUGACCUCAUCAAGAAAGUCAGCACCAGCUGUCUUGUCAUGCAACAGCAUAAACACCGCACCUACUUUCUUAUGGGCUGGGCUCAAUGCCUUAAUCCUUGCCGAUCCUUGUAUGGCUGGCGGUUCUGAUAGCAUUACUGAACAACCAAACUUAGUUCCAAAUUCAGGUCCCCUAACAUGUCUGCUUUUUAUUUGGGUGAAGUAUGGUAUAUCACCAAGGCGAUUGCAAGAGAACGAUGCACUGUCAAGUUUCUUCAAAAUCUUGACUACAUCACCUGAUGAAAACGGCAAGGUCUAUGUCUCAACCGUACAAGCCCACAAGUACACAAUCACUUGCACACAAUGGCACCCUGAGAAAGCCAUUUUUGAGUGGAGGAACCCAGUGAUUCCACACAGCGAAGAUGCAGUACAGGUUCUCACUAUGUUGGUCUCUUACCUUUGA